AUGAUUCACAAAAAUGACGUUGACGAGAUGGACACUGAAUCAAGUAUUGAGCAAACGCUUCUUUUGUGCUGGACAUGGUUAGUGCAAAUUUCUAUAAAUGAGAAGACGCAAAAUGCACUAGUUUACAAAUUAACACAUUAUGGGCUCUAUAAAGAUGAAAAACAUUCACAGUCUAAUGAUUCCAUAUUAAAUUUGGAUUUUAUUUUAAACUGUUUCAAACAAGAAUUAGGUUAUAAUUUAACAAACAAAUUUUCAUUCAAUAUUUCAAAUGAGUCUAUAGCGGAAUGUUUAGCACACCAUACUGAAACGUUUUUUAAUCGGAAUUCCAUCAUUAUACAAAUUUUGUAUGGUCUUAUUUACGGUAUAUUAAUGUAUCGCGAUACAGGGCUCACUAGUAUUAUCAGUCAGAAUGCUGAGUGUCCGAAACAAGAGGUUAUACAGCUAGAUUCUCAUAUAACUUAUAUGGAAAAAACACCGUGUGUUAACUCUCAAUCCCCAGAGAAUGAAAGCACUUCCGUCAUUCCUAUUGUGGUAUACGUGCACCCGAUAAAGCACAGGACUGUGCAAUCUUCGCCCAACCGAUUACUUGUAAAAAACCAGCAAUCGCUUCAACUAUUACUCCUUCUACAGGAAUGUAUUUUUUCUGAGGAGAUCUCUUUUUUGGAAACAAAUUGUUUUUUUUGUAUAGUGGUGAAUCUUUUGAGUUCAUUAUGCGCCUCCUUCAACACAUUGUUACCUUAUGCGCAACAAGCAAUUAUUAUAAGUGUUAUUCCAUGGAUAUUGUCAUGUGUCGCUCAUCAUCGCCUAUUAUGGAAUCAUCCUUUGAUAGAAGGAAAAUUAGAAUUAAUACUUCUUCACAUUCUUUCUCAUAUUGACUCUUCGUCUUUGUUUAAUAACUCAAAUUUAACUACUGUACACUCAUUUUGUUAUACAUUUCUUAACUGUUCUCCUUACGAAACCAAUCCGAGGUUAGGUGAAUUGACUAGGAUGGGUGAUGGUGAAACGAUAUUAAGCUGGCUGGCUACUGGUGAAGUUGUCAAUCAAAAAGUUGUUGUACGACUCCAAACGGGUGCAUCGGAUAAGCAUAAUUUAAACAAGUGUAACAAUUGUUUACACAGUCCUUGUUUAUUUCAGAAACAAAGCAGUUGCAGUCACUCUUUAUACGAUUUUUCAACUGGAGCCUCACUUCGCGUGCUUCUUGUUGUUUUAAUUUUCAUUAAAUCCUUGGCGUGGUCAGCGUUAGAUAGUGGAAGUUUGGAUAAUAUUUUAUGUCUUUCGGGUCCUGUUUCGAAAAAAGUAACACUUGGUUCUGACGGUACAUUACAUUCAGGGUCCGCACCCACCCUCUCAGAAGAUAUUUUACGUUUCACCUUCCCUGGCUGA